CUGCACCCUUCCUUCCGCGCUGGCCCUUGGCCGCACGCGUGGCUGCAGCGGGAGGCUCGGGAGCGGCGUGGGGGGCCGUAAGGGUGUGUUGGGAGCAGGGAGGCGCUGUGCCGGUGCAGUCGCGGUGGAUGAAGGCGCCGCCGCCUCCUUCCCGGGCCGGGCCCGCACCGGGGGCCGUGGGAGGGGCGGGAGGGAAAGGCGGGAAACGGACAUGCGCCGGCCACGUGAGCGCGACCUCGCACCGAUUGGCUGCGCCCCGCGUGACGUCACUCCCGCGCCGGCGCGCCCGCGCCUGUCCCACGGCGGCAUGGCGGAGCCCGGCCGCGGCCCCAGCGGCGGCGAGGAGGAGGAGGAGGAGCAGGGCAGGAGGAAGAAGAAGAAGGGGGAGCCGGGCUCCGAGGAGGGGGAAGCGGCGCCAGCCCCUAAGAAGCGGCGUGUGGCGGCCGGGGAGCGGUACGUGCCGCCGCCGCGGAAGCUGAGCACCGGAGUGAGCUUCGGCGCGGCUCACUUCGCCGAGACCUCCUACUACUUCGAGGGAGGGCUGCGCAAGGUGCGGCCCUACUACUUCGACUUCUGCACCUACUGCAAGGGCCGCUGGGUGGGCCGCAGCCUCCUGCACGUCUUCAGCACCGAGUUCCGCGCACAGCCCCUCGCCUACUACCGCGCUGCCGCCCGCGCCGGCCGCCUCCGCCUCAACGAGGAGCCCGUGCGGGACCUGGACAUCGUGUUGAAGAACAACGAUUUCCUCAGGAACACGGUGCAUCGCCACGAGCCGCCCGUCACCGCCCAGCCCAUCCGGAUCUUGGUGGAGGACGAGGAGGUGGUGGUGGUGGACAAACCUUCCUCUUUGCCAGUGCACCCCUGCGGCAGGUUUCGUCACAACACCGUCAUCUUCAUCCUAGGGAAAGAGCACGACCUGAAGGAGCUGCACACCGUCCACCGCCUGGAUCGCAUGACCUCGGGGGUGCUCAUGUUUGCCAAGACCGCUGAGGUGUCCAAGAGGCUCGAUGAGCAGGUUCGGGAGAGGCAGCUGGAGAAGGAGUACGUGUGUCGGGUGGCGGGGCAGUUUCCAGCAGAUGAAGUGGUGUGUGAGGAGCCCAUCCUGGUUGUUUCGUACAAAGUGGGAGUGUGCCGCGUGGACCCCAGAGGCAAACCCUGCACAACCGUCUUCCAGAGGCUCAGCUACAACGGCAGGAGCAGCGUGGUGAGGUGCCUCCCGCGCACGGGCCGCACGCACCAGAUCCGCGUGCACCUGCAGUACCUGGGGCAUCCUAUUGUCAACGACCCCAUCUAUAACACGGAGGCCUGGGGCCCUGACAGGGGCAAGGGGGGCAGCAUCCAUAAAACAGACGAGGAACUCCUGAAGGCGCUGGUAGAGGAGCAUCGUGCCAAACAAAGCCUGGACAUCUUGGGGAUCUCGGAGGAGGAUGUGAACGGCAGUGCUGGAAAUGAAGACUCUGGUAAGUCGAGGGACUGCACAGAGCCUGCAGGGGCUGAUGCUGUAAAUGAGAACUCCCGCCCUGCCCAGGACACCGAGGCUCCCAAAGGAACUGACACGGCAGCUUCUCUGCUGAACUCUGGCAGUAACUUGGAAACACUUGAAAUAAACAAAGAUCUGGGUUCGUGUGAGAGUCGGGGCAGGCAAGAGGGAGAAAAGGGUUCAGAAGAGAAGGACCCUUUAUGUGUGGAGUGUAAAAUGACACGGCGGGACCCGUCUCCCAAGGAGCUGGUGAUGUACCUCCACGCCCUGCGCUACAAGGGAGCCGAGUUCGAGUAUUGCUCCAAGAUGCCCGAGUGGGCAAUGGCAGACUGGGAGGAAUGACUGAGGCCACCUCACACUCUCAGGCCUUGCUGGCCAGGAAAGCCCCUUGUAAAGACCUCGGAUUUACUCGUUCAGUGCAGCCAGGGUUAACAAACUGCCUGUGACCUGGGGUGGGAAGGGUGGUUGGGGCUGGACAUCCGUCACUGUGAGCAGGAGGAUGGGGCUGCAACACUUCAGUUCCUGUUUGCCCUUUAGUGCGAACAAGCAGCACAGCUUUGCCUUUCACCUCAGCCUGGUCAGGGCCUGCUGUCAAUGAUCCAUGCAGAUAAUUUGGUGCACACACGUAAAAGUCAGCAACUGGCUUUUCUCCCAGCCUGCUGUGUUGUGUCUCGCAGUAAGAGCUGCUGGAGCAUUGUCACAUGGUCACAUCAUACACAAAACUACUUUUACUGUGUUCUCGUGUCAGAAUGAUUAUAAAACUCAAAACACGAUCGCUGAGAGCACUGUCAUGUAGAACCAGAGCACUGUGAAGCUGACCCGUUCUGUGCCUACUGUUUGUCAGGGGUGGACUCUGCUGUGAAAUUGCUCUUUCAGUGUCAAGUAAUGACCAACUAGUUACUUGGUUUCAAGUUCUAGGUGCUGAUCUCUUUAUGUUGGGCCUGUUUCUGGGGACCAGUACCUGCAGACUGUUUGUCUCUAGGAGAUUUAUAAGGACUGAUUUAGUACAUACUUUGCCUUUCUGUUCUGCUACCCUCCUGGUGCCUCUCCUGCUUUUGUCCUCUCCUCCUGUUGAAAACAUUGUCACACCCGAGCAGAAACCCGAAGCAGAGCUCAGGCUGGCAUUUUUAAUUGGUCUUUUUUCAGUUGUGCUAUAGGCAGCUUGUUUCUGAGUGGUGUGGGAUUGGUUUUAAUGCCACUUCAGUGUGAGAGUCAGCUUUAGAGAAACACAAAAGCUGUCCCAUGAACCAGAAACCUUUGAAAAUACAUUUUAUAUGAAUCUA